AUGAACCCCAUCCGCCCCCCUUCCUCGCUGCAGACCCGCCACCUCUCCUCCAUCUCCAGAAAGCUCCGCAAUGGCGCUCUCUCGGAGGACCCUCUUCCUUCCCCAACCACCAUGGGUGGCGGCGGUGGUCACGAGAGGGACGAAGGUUUCGUCAACAUUCUCCGGCGUAUACUGGUGUCGAAGCAGAGCUGGAGGGUCUCCCUCAGCAACCCCUUUGUAUCCCAACGGCUGAAACCCCGCCACGUCGAAGAACUCCUGUUGCAGACCCUGGACGACCCGAGGUUGGGGCUUAGCUUCUUCAACUUUCUGGGCCUCCACCGAGGUUUCGAGCACUCCACCUUCUCCUUCUGCAUCUUGGUUUGCGCGCUAAUCCGGCACGGCCUCCACUGGCCCGCUUCGUCCCUAAUCCAGUCCCUGAUCACCCGCCGGACCGAUCCGAAUGAGGCCUUCGAGUCCCUCCUGAGGUCUCAGGAGCAUUCCGGGCUCCGGCAUAAUGCGGCAUUGGAUUUGUUGGUCCAGACGUACGUACAUAAUCAAAGGAUACUGGAUGCUCUAGCCGUCGUUAGGUUAACGAUCUUCCGCAGGAUUCCAGUGGAGGUCAAGACAUGUAGCCUUCUGAUGAAAGCUUUGAUAAAGAUCAGGCGCUCCGACUUGGUUCUGGCAAUCUUUGAAGGUAUCUUAAGCAUUGGCAUUCGCCCAGAUGUGUUUGUGUACACAGCAGUGAUCAAAAGUACGUGUGAAUUGAAGAACCUUGCGAUGGCCAAGGAAGUAAUCCGUGUAAUGGAGGAGGAUGGGGAGAAUUCCAGUGUUAUACCGUACAACGUUCUGAUUCAAGGAUUGUGCAAGGGCAAAAGAGCCGUGGAGGCCAUCGAAGUUAUGAAGUCAUUGCAGACUAAAGGUUUGGCUGCUGACUUAGUCACUUACUGUACAUUGGUCCUGGGCCUCUGCAGAGUGGAUGAGAUGGACCUGGCUAAAGGCAUGCUUGAAGAAAUGACAGGGUUAGGGUUCCUCCCCAGCGAAGCUGCCUGUUCAGCUGUUGUUGAGGGGUUGAGGAGGAAAGGCAGGGUCGAGGAGGCCCUUGAACUGGUUCACCGGUUAGGAAAGCUUGGGAUCAUACCCAAUCUGUUUGCUUUCAAUGCGCUGAUUAAUUAUCUGUGUAAGAGUGGGAAACUUGAGGAAGCUGAGGAGCUUCUGGUGAAGAUGAGAGUGAAGGGGCUCCUUCCUAAUGAUGUCACCUACGCCAUAUUCAUCGAUUCAUUUUGCAGAAGUGGAGAACUGCAGCAUGCUGUCCACCUCUUCAACAAAAUGAGAGAAGAAGGGAUAAAUAUCAGUGUAUACCCGUUCAAUUCAUUGAUAAAUGGUUACUGCAAACUAGGGAAAUUGCGUGAAGCAGAGUCUCUGUAUAGGGAGCUAAUUGAUGAAGGUUUACUUCCUAAUGCUCUGACCUACACUCCAAUGAUCAGUGGGUAUUGCAAGGGUAGAGAGUUUGACGAUGCACUGAGGCUCCACCAUGAGAUGUCCCUGAAGGGGGUCUUGCCAAAUACUCAUACAUUUACUGCACUUAUUUCUGGCUUCUGUCGAGCCAACAUGAUGGUCCAAUCCGCUGAACUGUUCAAGGAAAUGGUUGACCUGAACGUGAUGCCCAACGAAGUGACUUAUAACGUCAUGAUCGAUGGUUAUUGCAGGGUGGGCGAUGUUUCCUGCGCGUUUGACUUAUUUUAUGAGAUGCUGGAGAAGGGUUUUGUACCUGAUACUUACACAUAUAGGCCUCUAAUAACUGGUCUGUGUGUGACUGGCAGAGUAUCUGAAGCAAAGGAGUUUGUGGAUGGACUCCAUAGAGACAAUCAAAGACUUAACGAGAUGUGCCUUGGUGCCCUGGUUCACGGCUACUGCAAGGAAGGCCGGGUACAAGAUGCUUAUGGCAUUUGCAGGGAAAUGGUGGAGAGAGGCAUGAACAUGGAUCUUGUCUGCUAUAGCUCUCUUAUCUACGGAGUUCUGAAGCACGACGACAGGGUUAGGCUGUUUGAUCUUCUCAGAGAAAUGGCUGAUGAGGGAAUCGAGCCCGACAAUGUAGUAUUUACGAGCAUCAUUGAUGCGUACUUCAAGCGAGGAAAUAUGGCUGAGGCCGUGGCCUUUUGGAACAUGAUGGUCCAUGGAGGUUGGGCCCCGAAUAUUGUAUCUUACACUGUGCUUAUAAAUGGCUUAUGCAAGGCUGGCUUGGACGAUAGGGCAUUGCUUGUUUGCAAGGAGAUGCUGGUAAAGGAUUUUUAUCCCAAUGCAUUCACAUAUGGUUGUUUCCUUGACCACAUUGUGAAGACCGGAAGAAUAGAUGAAGCUCUUCAUCUUCACAAGGUGAUGAUCAGAGGCCUUCUGUCUAACACAGUAACUUACAAUAUAUUAAUCGGGGGCCUGUGCAAAGUGGGCAGGAUUCAGGAGGCGACUCAGCUGCUGGCGGAUAUGAUAAAUAAUGAAACAAUUCCAGACUGUAUCAGUUAUUCUAUACUUAUCUUCAAGCAUUGCAAGGAGGGCGAUUUACAGAAAGCUCUCUCGAUGUGGAAUGAUAUGAUAGAUAAGGGGCUCCAACCAGACACAUUGGCCUACAAUUUCUUGAUACAUGCAUGUUGCAUUAACGGAGAGCUAUCAAAGGCAAUCGAAUUGCGAGGAGAUAUGAUCAAGCGAUUUGUGAAGCCGAAUUGGCUCACAUAUGCUCCCUUUCUUCAUGGAGCUUGUUUGAUUGAUAAAUAA